UUAAAAUUACGUAAUAAACGCCCUGAUAAUAAGUUGUAAGCAUAAAUAUUGAAGAUAAAUACAAAUAUGCCAACUUGCAGUGUAAAAAAGUGUAAGAAUUACGUUUUACGCAAGGGAAUGGCGAAACGAAACAGAUUGGAACAAACAGGGAAAUGGAGAAAGAUAACCUACCACAGAUUUCCAAAAGAUCCAGUUAGAAGACGUGAUUGGGCUCGUAUUUUACGAAUGGAAAAUAUUAAGGACACAUGUCACAUCUGCUCAGAUCAUUUUCCUGAAGACGCAUUCGAUAGAACAUCUUUAGCUGUUGUUAGACUUCGAGAACAUGCUCUUCCAAUUGAAGGGAGCGAUGAAGAGGAAGGUGGUAUCACUUUAGGAACAGGGAGAACAUCAAAUGUUAAUGAAUUGACGUCUGCAUCAUCAAGCUGUAAUGAACAUUUGAAGACGUGCGAACAGAAAUCAAUAGGAGUCCAAACAGACGACAACACUAAUUCCCCAAGAAGAAGGUAUGUCAAUCAAGAAACUUCUGUUUCGCCGGAGAGAGUAUUUCGAUCUCCUACAAAAGAACUCAUGCGGAAAUGUUUUAACAAGGAAAUCGAGCUUCUAAGAAAGAAAAACAAAUCCUUGUCGCAGCGUUUGCGUCGAGUUGAAAGGAGAUUUACUUGUGUCGUAAGAGUAGAAAAAAUUGAAAAGAAGAAGGUUUCGGUUGAAUGAUACGAGAAAGCCUUUCCUGAAUUUUUUGUUCACUACAAGUAAGAAUAAUUAGUAGUAGCGGUGUCAUAAAUAAAUAGAUGACAUGUAUGAAGUUCCUUUUACUAAAUAUUCUUAGUUAAGGGAUUAGUAAUUGUGAUAACCGUAGUAUAUAGUUGUAUAGUGAAAUUGUAGUGUACAAUAUUUUUAUAACUUGUAUUCAACAUAUAAAUAGUACAACUUCAAAUUCGUUCCUUGUGAUCGCUGUCAUAAGUGUAUAAAUCUUUCAAUUAUUUAAUUGGACUAGCACAGAUAAGUUAUUUCCUUUGAAAAAUUAUUGCUUCCACUUUAUUUCUGUCUCGCUACGAAGCUUUCCAUCGUACUCAAAUAUUUUCAAUUUAGUUCUUUUUAAUUAUGUCUGUAUGUGUUCGCUGUAUAUUUGUUACACAUAUGGCAUACAUAAUUGUAGUUAUUUUUUAUUGCGUUCCUCAAACAAAGAUUAUUACGUGUUGAAUUCUUACAGAAAAAUAAAUACUGUUUUGCACAAUU